CCGCUCUGCUCCGCUCGGCACCGGGUGAAGUAUCUCAUCCCCUGUACCUCCUCUUUCCCUCGCUGAAGUGAAGUUGACCGGGGUGUGAAUCUGUAAGAAUGUUAAUGACACGGCGUUUCUAAAUUUGGUAAACACGAGUCAUUACUUCGGUCUGUUAUCGGAUGAAGGGCAGGGACGAAGCUGCUGCUGUUGCUGCCGCCGCCGCUGCGGCCACUCCGCCUGCAGCCCAGCCUCCUUGUCCCUCUCCCACGGCCAGUCUGGACUCACAGAUGCUGUGAGGCAGCUUCGAGUCGCUGCCCGGCAUAGCAGGAUCCCGGAUCGGAGGAAAUCUCCCGGAGAAUCUGCAGUCUUCAUCCCGAUGCUCCACUUUUUUUCUGUUUGUUUCAUUCGCUUUCUGGGGGGAUCGGAGAGAUUUAAAGAGAGGGGCAGAUCAUUGCUUUCCACCGGAUCGCCUACAACUUGGUGACUUUUUAAAUUAAGGAACUUAAAUGACACUAAUACUGACCUGAUCGACCGAGAAGGCUUUUGGUACAAAAAUCCCAGCGAGAUGUAUCCUCAAGCCAGACAUCCUGCGCCUCAUCAACCCGCACAGCCCUUUAAAUUCACCAUCUCCGAAUCGUGUGAUCGCAUCAAAGAAGAAUUUCAGUUUUUGCAGGCGCAGUAUCACAGUUUGAAAUUGGAAUGUGAAAAGCUGGCCAGUGAAAAGACUGAAAUGCAACGCCAUUAUGUCAUGUAUUAUGAAAUGUCUUAUGGUCUGAAUAUAGAAAUGCACAAACAGGCUGAGAUUGUCAAGAGACUAAAUGCCAUUUGUGCCCAGGUCAUUCCUUUCCUGUCUCAGGAGCACCAACAGCAAGUGGUGCAGGCAGUGGAGCGGGCCAAGCAAGUGACCAUGGCUGAGCUAAACGCAAUCAUCGGGGUACGUGGUCUUCAAAGUCUGCCCCUUACACACACAGAGAAGAGAAGGUUUCAAUGCUGGCUAUUGCAGCAGCAACAGUUACAGGCCCAACAUCUAUCCCAUGGCCAUGCACUUCCAGUACCUCUCACCCCACACCCGUCUGGACUCCAGCCCCCAGGAAUACCUUCAGUGGGAAGCAGUGCAGGACUAUUGGCACUAUCAAGCACUAUGAAAGAUGAGAAGAAGCAUCAUGACACGGACCACCAAAGAGACAGAGACUCUGUAAAGAGCUCCUCAGUGUCACCAUCAGCCAGUUUCAGAACUGCAGAGAAGCACAGAAACUCAAAUGAUUAUUCUACUGAUAGUAAGAAGCAGAAGACCGAUGAUAAAGAUUUAGCAAAUCGUUAUGAUAGUGAUGGAGAGAAGAGUGAUGACAACUUGGUCGUGGAUGUCUCCAAUGAGGAUCCCACCUCACCACGAGGUAGCCCACCACACUCACCACGGGAAAAUGGCUUAGAUAAAUCUCGCCUAUUAAAAAAGGAUGCACCCAUAAGUCCAGCUUCAAUUGCUUCCUCCAGCAGUACUCCUUCUUCAAAGUCCAAAGAAAUUGGUCUUAAUGAGAAAUCAACUACUCCAGUAUCAAAGUCGAACACUCCAACUCCACGAACAGAUGCUCCUACUCCAGGAAGCAAUUCCACUCCAGGAUUGAGGCCAGUCCCUGGUAAACCACCAGGAAUUGAUCCAUUAGGUUUGAGGACUCCCAUGGCAGUACCAUGCCCUUAUCCUGCCCCUUUUGGAAUAGUGCCCCACGCUGGUAUGAAUGGCGAUCUGACAAGCCCAGGGGCAUAUGCAGGUUUACACAAUAUCUCCCCUCAGAUGAGUGCAGCGGCAGCUGCUGCAGCAGCAGCAGCUGCUUACGGCCGAUCUCCAGUGGUUGGUUUUGAUCCGCAUCACAUACGCGUACCUGGGAUUCCACCAAACUUAAGUGGCAUUCCUGGUGGAAAACCUGCUUAUUCGUUUCACGUAAGUGCUGAUGGACAAAUGCAACCUGUGCCUUUUCCUCCUGAUGCCCUAAUUGGACCUGGAAUUCCAAGACAUGCUCGACAAAUGAACUCUCUGAGCCAUGGUGAGGUUGUGUGCGCAGUGACCAUCAGCAAUCCCACGAGACAUGUGUACACUGGUGGAAAAGGAUGUGUGAAGGUCUGGGACAUUAGUCACCCUGGAAACAAGAGCCCAGUCUCUCAACUGGACUGCCUGAAUAGGGACAACUACAUUCGAUCAUGCAAGUUAUUACCUGAUGGUCGUACCCUAAUUGUUGGUGGGGAAGCCAGUACUUUAUCUAUCUGGGACCUGGCGGCUCCAACUCCUCGUAUAAAGGCAGAGUUGACAUCCUCUGCUCCUGCCUGCUAUGCUCUGGCUAUCAGUCCUGACUCCAAAGUCUGUUUCUCCUGCUGUAGUGACGGUAAUAUUGCUGUUUGGGAUCUGCACAAUCAGACCUUAGUCAGGCAGUUCCAAGGUCACACAGAUGGAGCCAGCUGCAUUGACAUUUCAAAUGAUGGUACUAAACUUUGGACGGGAGGUUUAGACAACACUGUAAGAUCCUGGGAUCUCAGAGAAGGAAGGCAACUGCAGCAGCAUGACUUCACAUCUCAGAUCUUUUCAUUGGGAUAUUGCCCCACUGGAGAGUGGCUUGCAGUUGGAAUGGAAAACAGCAAUGUCGAGGUUCUGCAUGUGACAAAGCCGGACAAAUACCAAUUGCAUCUCCAUGAGAGCUGUGUGCUGUCCCUUAAGUUUGCUCAUUGUGGUAAGUGGUUUGUAAGCACUGGCAAGGAUAAUCUGCUGAACGCCUGGAGAACACCUUAUGGAGCAAGCAUAUUUCAGUCGAAAGAGUCCUCUUCAGUGCUGAGCUGCGACAUCUCAGUGGAUGAUAAAUACAUUGUCACUGGCUCUGGGGACAAGAAGGCUACAGUCUAUGAAGUUAUUUAUUAGGAAUGGAGCCUGAACACAAAGAUACCUUUCACUAUAGCACUUUUGUUAGAUUUGCUCUUUAUGGCUGACUUUGCAAAACAAAGACUUUAAUGUCCUUGGUAUCAUUUCUCAGCUCUGUGCUGUAUUUGAUCAUAAUGUCUGGACACAACCAUCUAGGAUCACAAAACCCACAAAAUCCAGUUAUUGAGUGGAUGGGACAAGCUUCUUUUGCCAUUAAUUGAAUGAAGGACCAGAAGGUUUCAACUAUUUAUUUUGUUUUUCAAGAUUUUUUGUAAUUAAUUUCACCAAAGCUCUCUUUCAGCCUUGGUGAUCAAGGUCAGUUAUUGCUCAUUGGGAAAGGGGUUGGAGGGUGGUACUUCUAUUCAGUAUUGAUUGAUCUUGUGUUUUAUUAAUUCUGUAUUGUAUUACAAUAUUAGCAAAAUAUUUUUAAACAGGAUUGUCAAGUUUGAGUAAUAUUCUUGAAAUUUGCCAAAAGUGAAGCCUGUUGAAAAUAUGAAGGUAAGGCAACCAGAAACCUUAAGGUUUGAUAUGUCCUGGAAUGAUCACUUGAUGCUUGAAAAUGGUUAACAUUGUUUUUGUCAGAAGGGCACAGGAUUGAAAGUAACAAGAAUGAAUAUCAUACCACACUAUAUUCCAAGCAUUGUGAAGAAUAGGGCAGAAAGUAUCUAAGGGUGUGAGAAAUCUGUAAAUUGUGAAACAUGCUGAUUGUCUCAGGUGCUUCACAUAUUGGGGGAAAAAAUCUAACCAGAAAACAUUAAACUCUGUAAAUUAUUUCAUACUUUCUGAAAAAUAGCUACCAAUAAAGUGAUCAAACAGACCCCUUUCUUAAAAUAAAUAUUUUCGAGCAGCUAGGUUGACUCCUCAGUGCCCCACACCAUAAAUUGCUUAAGUUAAAUUUUGUAAUGGAAAAUACAAAAUCAAAAUUCUAAGUUAAGUGGUUGAAGUCAUCCAUUCCAUAUUUUAUCUAUCCCUCAUAUGGUCAUCCCCACCUUCAGACCAAUUGUUUACCUUCUGUACAUUUUCCAAAGCUUCAAAUGCAUCAACUAAUCCACAGGAUUUUAUUCUUUGGCUCUCUGCACAGGCCUUACUGACCCUUAUCCUCCCACUUUUAACUUUGAGGUCAUUUAAAAACAAUUUCAACCUGUUGUCAGUCAAAAUUGUUACACCGUCUCAGGCUCUGGUCUUCUCAAUCUUCCCUAAAAGUCUUGGAAUGCUCUGAUCACUUCUUAAAGUGCUCUUGUAAUAAAUGUUCCUAUUAUUGUAUUCAUUGUCCUUAACCAAUGAAUGGUUGUUUCUUAAUCUCCUCAAACCUCUUCCAAUCUGAAAAUUAAUCAUUAUUAACUACAAUCCCUUCUGACCUCAUUUGUUUCUAAUUCACUUCUCAACCUCACCAUUCUCACUUCCUGACCUUGGUUUCCACUUCCAUACCUAAACUUCAUUUCCUGUGAGCAAUGUCAUGGACAGUCAAUUAGUGACUGAUGAAAAGCAGUUUUUAUUUGCCAACUUAAAAAGUCUAACAUUAUUAUACGGUUGUGGAAGAAUAAGGAAUAAAAGGAGGAAGGAAGUCAGCUGUAACUCCUGAAAUAAGAAUAAUGCAGAAUGCUUUAUCUCUUGUGGUAGUUGGAGAUUUUGUAUGUGGGUUUGUGACUGAUGUUCAUGAACAACCUUUACAUAGAUUUGAAUGUCAACAGGAUUUACAUCCAAUGCACCAAUACUAAUAUAGUCUGCCAUUUGUAUAAGCGUGAUAAUAGAAAAAUAAAGUAACUUACAAUGAAGAGACUGUCAUGAACUGUCCAAACAUUGCUGUAUAAACCCUGAGAUGAAUGUACUAUAUUGAAUGGACUUAUUGGUUCUGCUAAAUUACUGAAGCUUCUCACUAUGACAAUUGGAUAUAUCAUUACCUCUGUGGACCAUGUAUUCUUUAUUGUUUAUCCAGUAAUGUAUCUCUCAAUAUUUCAGUUCAAGUACAGCUUGCAAAAAUUUGCCUUUGGCCCAAAUAUCAUCAGUAUUCUCAAUUUUCCUGUUUCACAUUAUUUAACUAUUGCACCCAGAAAAAUCUAACAGACACCAAUAGGCUUCCCGUCUGUUCUUGGAAACAUGGUAAUUGGUUCUUUGCUAUCUAAAUUAACCUUAUUCCCUUUGAAGGAAGUUUUGUACGUUUAGUUUAUUUUUUCUAGGUAGCUUCCUAGGUUUAGGUUACAUUCCUGACCACUUUAAUGUAGGCUUCUAUUUUAACAUUUUGCAAGAGUUGCCAAGAACAUUUUCAUCUGCCAGUGUUUGAGUGCAUCAGAAAGAAAUGAGUACUGUAAUAUUUACUUGAGUAAACUCCCACAGAUUGAAAGCACGAGGCAAAAUAGAAGGAAGAACUGAAUUCCAUGUGUGUGCAUCAAGGGCAAAUUCAAGAGGAAGUAAUCCUCACUUGAGGGUGUAUGAAAGUUCAGUUUCCAAUUUAUCAUCACGAUAAAUAUAUUUGCUGUGAGUCAAUGGCAACUAUCUCCAUACCUAAGCAGCACAAUGAAAACAUCACCCUUCUGCAGCCAUUUAAGUCAAAUUCCUUUCGAUUUUCUGCAUCAGUUUGUGAUAUAGGAGUCUUCUUCCAAGCAAUGACUACAUCACUGUUUAGUUUGCAGCUCCUAAGCUUGCUCCUGUUAGUCUUGUAUUGGUGUUCUUCUUGGUCUUCAUCCAGGUAUUCAUGACACUGAUGCUCAGUAGUCAGAGAGUCAGAUUUGGAAAAUCAAGAACAGAAGCUUAACUGUGUACCAUAAUGAAUCCAAAGUUGGAAUAGGUGGUCCCCGCAUCCUACUGUCAAUAGCUUUAGAGAUCUCAACUGAGCAAUGAGAACUAUUGUUUAUUUCUGGUUUUAUGAGCUGCAGGUUAAGUUUUAUGAGUAUGAGUUCUGAUUUGCAACGUGUCUGAGCCUGUACUUAUGGACAUGUAAAUUUGAUGCACCCAUAUCAUCUGAAUGAUGGCAGUAUCUGAGCAAAAAGGCCUCACACUAGUGUCGUCUUAAUACCACUGGCAUCUCUGUACUUAGCAGGGAUGAUCUGCAUUGUUGUUCAUAAGCCAUUUGGGGUAGCCAGACUUCAGUUUGUAAAUGCAGCUAUCCUAUCUGUAUCAAAGAAUAUUGCUACUAUUUAAAUAAUGACAAAAUGAUCACCAAGGCAGCUGUCUCUUUCUAGAGAUAAUGGGAACUGCAGAUGCUGGAGAUUCCAAGAUAAUAAAAUGUGAGGC